AUGGUGGAUAUUGUAACCACGUCGAACUUCCACGCGACGCUAUUGCCAGGUCUCGUGAGCGUCGUGUUCGUGCCGACAGAGCACAUUUAUCGCAGUAGCUGGCCGCUGCUCAAUCUGUUGCUGUAUAGUGGCUGCAGCUUUGACGAUAAUGAGCGCGGCUGUCGGCGCACAGACAGCCACGUGUGUCGCUCGAUGGUGACGGAAAUCUUCUCCAUGGUGUCGGACCGAGAAGGCGUGACGCUGUUUAUGGACCCGAAUGGCAUUGAGAUGUUUCGACGUGCCGGCAUGGGGGACUUGAUUACCGUCGCACCGCUGUCUUGGCGGGCUAUUCAGAUCCACUUGGGGCCCAUGGUCGCGGAGUUUCCGGGUGUCGUGAGUUUCUUGUCCAAGCUGCUUGCUGACGAACGCAUUAGUAUCCUCAACAUGAGCACGUACGACACGGACGUCAUGUUUGUUCAAGAAGUGGAUUUGGACGCGGCGAUCUUGUGUUUGCAGUCGAAGCUGUCUCGUGGAUUACACGGCUUGAAAGAGGCAAGAGAUGCAGAGAGCGCACUACUUGAUCAUGAUCAGGUAGCAACAACAACUGAUGCUGAGGAAGGAAGUGACGAGGCGGCCAUUCUGGAACUUCCUCGUGUAGGAGACGGCCAGUUCCUCACAGUGUAUUCCGAGUCGUUUGUGCUCGUGAGACUUCAAAAGGACGCUCUUCGGGCGAGUGCUUACGGGCUCACGCAACUCGUCUUGUCGUCUAGUGGAUCUGCGUCAGGAGAGAUGUCAUUCUGGUGCUGCUGCGAGACAGCUGAGGAGGUUAGUCUCAUCAUGGAUGUGCGUUGUGUGCCAUCGUUCGAGAACAACUCGCUGAUCGUGUCACCGGAUCGGUGGCGGGCGAUCAAACUCAGUGGACGAACGUAUGGUUUCGACGAGACUGGUGUGGUGGCAGCAAUGUCGGGCUGCAGCACGGAUACGCAGGUACUCAAUGUCAGUUGCUUCGGCUCCAACGUUGCCUUCGUGCUGGACGACUUGCUGGACGUUGCCAUUGAGACGCUGUGCUCGUCACUGGAUAUAUCGCGGGUGGAGAGACCAACGAUGUGA